UCACCAACACGAUACUGCUCUUGUCGCUGUAGUCAUCUUCAGCAUGUCAUCUCGCAGCGGUGGUCAUGGCAAGAAGAGGGACAGUUGCGUAGGUGAUGUGCUGGCGCUGGAGAAGAGUGGAGGGCAUGCCGCGAAGAAGAGGAAGGCUGUUGUGGGGGGCCCUUCCAUCAGAGGAGGCUUGAGGGAAGACGUGUGGGUUAGGGAUCCAACAACUUUCGAUGACGAUGAUGAAUUCAAGGAGAAGGCGACGGUGGGAGCUGCGAGAAAAUUGUCGAAGCGCGCAGAAGGCGGGGUCCGAAUAAAUGACGGGGGGCGUCAAGGUAUUCAACAACCCCGCGGUGGGGGGUUCCGUGGUGGGAAUGAUGGAGUCAUCGACGUGGACGUCGUUGCUGUGCCGGCGGAGGUCGUAGUGAAGGCAGGGGCUUAGACGGGCCUUGCGGGGGAAAUGCCACAACAACACGUGUCACUAGGCCACUAGAGGGGCAGCAGUUUGGA